GAAGCAAACAUAAAAACGAAGAAGAGAAUGUUUUCUGUUAUUUUUUAGCGUUAAUAAUCGCGUCCAAAUUCAGUGUUUUUCUUACUUCCAACUUCAAUCUUAGCUUCAUCCUCCACCGCCUUCCUUUCCCCUCCUCCUCCGAUAUCUACUCCUAAAAUCGUUUCAGUCUUGCGGUGAAUCAAAUUUGUAAUCCAUUGCAAUCGGAAAGCAAUAGAAAGAAAAGACAGAGAAUAGGCUCGAAAUUGCGAGUAUUAUCAGGGUCAACAUUGCCCUUAUAAAAAUGCGUGCUGAACGAGGAAUAUGUGGGGACAUUUGGGUAAUUUGGCCAGCUCUCACGCGCACGCGUUUCUUAUGUCAAUACUACCCUUCGCAAAAGUUCAAAUGCCAUUGCUCGCCUACGUGUAUACUGAAGUCUAUUGUUUCUUUAGCAAGCGGUCAGAGGAAACGAGAGAAUUCAAGAUGGGUUCUGAGCAGAACGAUGGCACAAGCUUUCCUCCCUCUGAGCCACUUCUCUGCGCUAAUGGGUGUGGCUUCUUUGGGACGGCCGCGAACAUGAACCUUUGCUCCAAGUGCUACCGCGAUCUUCGCGCCGAGGAAGAAAAGGCUGCCUCAGCCAAGGCGGCGAUGGAGAAGACACUCAGUAUCAAAUCGAAACAAGAGGAUAUUAUUGCUGAUAUCCAUGAUGUGGUGGUGGCUGUUAUGCCGGCGUCUUCUAAUCCUUUUGUGCCUGUGGCGACCUCUGAAUCAUCAUCUUCAUCAUCGGUGCCUCCGGUGUCUGCUAAUGAUCAGGUUCAGCCCAAAGCAGCGAAUAGGUGCUUUGGUUGCAAUAAGAAGGUUGGCUUGACUGGAUUUAAGUGCAAGUGCGGGGGCACCUUCUGUGGGUCUCAUCGGUACUCGGAAAAUCAUGACUGCUCAUUUGAUUUCAAGGGGGCUGGCCGUAAUGCGAUUGCUAAGGCGAACCCUGUUGUUAAGGCUGAUAAGGUGGAGAGGAUCUGAUCCUUACUGGAUUGGUAAUUUGGAAUUCACCAUGGAGUUUCAUUUUCUUUUUUAGGUUUUUUUUUCCUCCAAUUAUAGAUUAUCAGUGUUAGUGGGUCAAAGGGUUGGUUUUAAUGCUGGUUUGGUUAGUGAUUGUGGAUGUUUGGGGUUAGGAGGAGCACUGGCUGGAUUGGACGGUUGCAUUGGGGAGACUUGGGAAGGUUGAUUCCAUAAUAAAAUGGAUCACUUGGAUUGUUUGCUUUUAAAUUGCUUUUUAGCAUUCCUCUUUUGGUGCUGAUAAGAAUCUUUGCCACUUCUCUGUGUA